GUGCUUACACAAUGACCAUGUAGAGUGAGCAAAGGAAACUGCACAGCGCUAGACUUCACCACCCAGUUUCCCAGGACGUGGCUAAAGAAAGCAUCUGAACUAAGGAGGAGGGGAAAGGGGGAGAGAGAGAGAGGGAGGGAGAGAAAGAAAGGGAGAGAGAGUCAAAUUACUAAAGACAGACAGAUUCUGAACAACACUGAACAGGCUCAGAAACGCAAAAGCGAAUCUCUUUAUUACCGGAGUGUAGCUCGCUGCAGUUGCUCUGAUUCGAGACAGAGGGAGGGGGAAAAGGAGCAAGAUUGCAAACUUGGGCAGAAAGUCAGAGGCAGCAGGCUAUUGAAGAGAACUCGAAGUUGCUUCAACAUGGCUCACUCAACCCCACUGAAUGGAGUGGACGGACACAAGGAUCCUUUGAUAGAGUUGUUUGUUAAGGCUGGGAGUGAUGGAGAAAGCAUCGGUAACUGCCCCUUCUCUCAACGACUCUUCAUGAUCUUGUGGCUCAAGGGUGUGGUUUUCAAUGUCACAACAGUUGAUCUUAAGAGGAAACCAGCUGACCUGCAAAACCUGGCUCCUGGAACACACCCACCAUUUAUAACCUUCAAUGGAGAAGUGAAAACCGAUGUUAAUAAGAUCGAAGAAUUCCUUGAGGACGUCCUGGCUCCACCUAAGUACUUGAAGCUCGGCACAAAACACCCAGAAUCCAACACAGCCGGGAAUGAUAUCUUUGCAAAAUUCUCGUCUUUCAUCAAAAACUCCAAGCCAGAAGCUAAUGAAGCUCUGGAGAAAAGCCUGCUAAAAACCCUGCAGAAGUUGGAUGAGUAUCUGAACACAGCCCUUCCCGAAGAGAUUGAUGCUGACAGCAUGGAGGAUAUCAAAGCCUCCAGCCGCAAGUUCCUGGAUGGAAAUGAGAUGACACUAGCAGACUGUAAUUUGCUCCCCAAACUUCACAUUGUCAAGGUUGUAACAAAGAAAUAUCGGAACUUUGACAUUCCAAAGUACAUGACGGGAAUUUGGCGGUACCUGCAGAACGCUUACACCAGGGAUGAAUUCACAAACACCUGCCCUGGAGACAAAGAAAUCGAAAUAGCUUAUGCGGAUGUCGCAAAACGCCUCAGCAAGUAAUGACCGGCAGGGCCAGCACAAGCACCAACUAACAGAAAAGCUUUUGUUAAUAGACAAUGCUUUCCUUUUAUUGCAUGGUAUGGCAAGUUGUCAGAUAUAAUUUUAUAUCUUUUAUUGGAUUAUAACUUCAGGUAUCUCAGUUUUUACAUUUUUUUAUAUAUACAUAUUUUAGGAAGGGCUUUCAAUGUUCCUGCCAGGCAAGCCAGCGAUUGCUCCGGUGAUCAUAACAAUAAUGUGAUUGAUACACAAGAAGGAGUCGAUUUUCCGUGUGACAUUGUUAUUAUAGGAAGCUGUGCCUGUAAGACCUUGCACUGUGAAUGGUCAUUCUAUCAGCUACGUCAAAAAUAGCAAAAUGACUUUGUUUAUCUUACAGUCAAUUUUGAUCACAUUUAAAUGUAGAUAUUACAAACCAAUCUUGGCCUCAAAAAUUAACAGUUUGCAGUGCCUAACUUGUUAAGUUCACAGCAGUUAUCACAAAUGCCUAAGUGUAAUCACCUUUAAUCAAGUAACCUUGAAAGCCCUGGCAUAGGUAUUAUGAAGGAUAUACACAUUAAGUCACAAAAUAUUAUAACAGUAUUCUAUGGAUUUAUUUUAUUAAUAUAUCUAUAAUGCUUCAACAAUCCUCUAAUUUGUGAUUGAUUGACUAAUCAUGAGUUUCACUUGCCCCACUAUUAAAUUUCAUUCAUAACUGUUUUGAAGUUUUUUUCUUUUCUUCAGUCUUGCUGAUAUUUUGAUAAGUUAACAGAAGAAUCCGUUUCCGUGGAAUCAUAGAGUUGCUGUAAGGGCUAGGUAAAUCAGAAAUGGAAUGAAAUCAACUUUGAAGUAAAACGUAGUCAUGAGUGGCGGAGUGGGCCAUGCAACUUUGGAGUUUAUAGGAUCUUUUGUAAAGUUUGGUCAAGUGAAAGUUAGUCUUAAAGGGCUGAAAUAGAAACAACUGGAUUUCUCUCUCCAUGUAUUCACGUAAUUUCAAAAGAGAUUGGUUUAUUUGAAUCCAUGCAGGCAAAUUCAAUGAAUAACCUCACCUUGUGAGGAUAUAUCUUUCCUUUUACUGCACAAAAACAGCUGAUGCUAUUUGUAUUUUGGAUAUUCUCGUGGGAGAUACACAAAUUGUGAAGUUCUAAGCGGUUCUCUCUCCACUGUGGGCUCUGUUGCUUCACAGAAUGUGCAGGUCAGGGAUAUCUUGCAAGAAACAUUCAAGUUUCUUUGCCAUAUUUUCUUUCUCCUUAUCUCCAGCAAAACAAGCAGCAUCACUGUAUGUGUGAAUUACAUGAAAUUUAUGACUGAUUUGAAGUAUAAAAUGAGAGAACUUCCAUUGUUGAUGAUCUCAUUGCUAAAGUAAUUCCUUGUACUUUACAACCUACAGGCCGUUUAACCAAUGGACACUUAGGGAUGAAGUUGUGAUCUGUAAAGAUAGGUUUCACCUGAAAUUGUUUCAGGGUGACGUGUUGAUUUAAGGUGAUUCAUUUGUGAUUAUGGAUGAUAAAAACCAAGCUGUCAUUUUCCAACCUAUAAACAAGUUCCACUUGAUACCAUAUUAUUCUUAUCCCAGUGGUGAUUGACUUUAAACACGAAUAAAAACAAAAUUACUCAAAAUGGUUUAAAUACUGGCCAAAGUGAUAGUUGCAGCAUUAUAAAAUAAACUAUAUCAAAUGCGUUAGUAAUGGAGUUACACCACAUUAUUAUUAUUGCAAAACUUUCAUAUUCUUGAACACAAAUGACAGUCAUGUAAAAUGCCAGUUCAUUUUUUCCCAGUUUAUGUGCAGAACUGGUGCAGCUCAGUGGCACAGGUGGUAGAACUGCUUUCUCACAGUGCCCGGGUUCGAUCCUGACCUCGGGUACUGUCUGAACAGAGUUUGUAUGUUCUCCCUGUGACCACGUAGGUGUUCUCCGGGUGCUCUGGUUUCCUCCCACAUUCCAAAGACGUGCAGGUUAGUAGGUUAAUGGGCCGCUGUAAAUUGCCCCUAGGAUGCAAAAGUGGGAUAACGCAGAACUAGUGGGAAUGGGUGAUUGAUGGCCAGCAUGGUCAACUGAUGCAAAACUCAGUGUAUUUCAUCUACUUGGCACUUUGGAGAACACUGAAGAAUAUACAUUUUGCUCAAAUAACAAGCAGUAGAAAACAAACAGCAGCUUUUCUUCUGUAACUACACAGAUCAGAACAUUUCCUGUUGGUGUUAACCGUACAACUGCAUUUUCUCAUUUAAUGCCAGUAAUAUAUUUUAUUUUCCCUUGAUAUCAGAGUUACUGCAUUGUGGAUCGGUUUCCUUAAGGAAAACAGUUCAUGUGAGAUCAAUUUCCCAGCGAACAAAUCUGCAAAGAACCAUGCAGUCAAUUAAAUAAUGGGUCUCACCUGAUUGUUAUCCCCCCCCCCCCACCUGCAAUCAUCAAAUGGGUCAGCAAGCAAACUAACAAAGUGAGUUUCUCAUGAGGUGACAACGUGCAAUGAUUCAAGCUGAAUUUAUCUGCAACUGCUGGUAAGGGAGCACAUGUAGUUUAUUAUAUUUGUUUUGGCAUACCUCCAUGUUUCAGUAAAUUUAUUUUUCAGAUUUUAUAUGAUAUACAAUUGCUUGUAUUUUGUAAAAUGGGAUAAUUCUCACCAUGAUAAUUUCAUUCAACACUCCAUUUUAUUAUGAAAAAUUAUAUACUUAUAACGUGGUUGUUUAAAAAAAAAAAUGUAUAUUGUGGUGCACCAUUGUUAAUGUGCAUUCCCCAGUUGUAAACUAUUUAAACUGCCCAAUUCACCCUGAAAAAUAUCACUGUCUCUUUAAACUAGUAUUAAACAGAUAGUUAUUGAUUGAUCAAUUGAUUGAUGUCAUACAGAUGAGGUAGGCUUGUAGGUCACUCUUGCAACACAUGCAGGGAUGAGGAAAUGUGUAUCUGUUUUAAACUGAAAUACUGAACAUUGAUUUGUUGGUGUCUGGUGUCAAAAGGUAACAAAUGUAUAAUUUCAGAAUAUUUGCAAUGAUCUGUGAGUACUAAAAAAUAAAGUCACAGGAAGAGCUAUUGGCAUGAAGUAUGUAGUGAAUUUGCUUACAUUGUCUAAAAGUCAUUUACAUUUGAUAACUGGAUGUUGUGCAUCUCCUGUUCAUGUGGUUUUGUAACUUUUUGGUUCGGCUUUCUCAUGUUUCAAUAAAUAUCCCUUGUCUAUUUGUUCUGGCCUUUUGUAAACACCAAUAGUUGGCUUCAAUGCAGAUUCCAGUUUGUUAAUCCCCACAUAAGUCUGGUUAUGUUUACGUAGGGUGUAUUAUUGCAAAUAAUUGGAUUAAAUGCGAUUUGUGCUCUGUACAAAUGCUUGCAGACCACUCGUGAAGAAAUAAGGUUUUCUUCUCUGGAUCAUUUUAGUUCUGAGCUGAUAUGAAGUAACCAUUGGCUCUGUUGGCUGGGAGUGAAAGUAGAUGGAAGAAGAAUCGUCUCACUGGGAGUUUGCUCGGUGAAGGAAUUGCAUAUAGUGAUUGUAUUUAACCAUUCUACUGAAUUAAAGGAAAUCUCUCCAGCUCUCUUCUGUGGUAAAUAGUAGCUUCCUUUCCUUUUGAAUUGAUGAGUUAAUAUUUGCUUUAACACAUGAUCUUCUAGAGUUUGUAGCACUUCAUUGCUCAUUGUAUUUUACCCAAAUAUAUUGAGAGGUGAACGUCCUCCUGAAACUAUUUCAAUUUUUUCUUUUUCCUCGUCAUAUUUAACAAAUGUUUGCUUGUAGGUGUGAGCAUAUAGGAUAUUUAAACUGAGCAUUUCCCACACAGUUCUAGCCGAAACAAAAAUAAGGAAAUCGGUAGAAAGACUUUAUGAAAAUGUUCAGUGGAAUGAUAACCAAUAUUGUAUUCCCCAACCAAGUAUAGGGAUUAGGACUGAUUUUAAAAAUUGAGAAGAAGCAAAGACAAGAUUCUUCCUCAAAUAUUAUGAUACCACCAAGCUGUUAGGCUUUUUUAUGAACUUUGAUCGAAGCUGAAUCAUCACCAGUAAGUAUGAGCUAAGUGGGGCUCCAGUUUAAAGGCAAGGAAAUUAAGGUUAGAUUUUAAACAGCAAGUAUGUUAGUUUAGCUUGCGGCCCCUAACGCCAUGUUACUUUUUCAUGACUGCUUAUUAAUGAUGAGAUCAAAAAAGCAAUCGGGUGAUGUCUAAAUAUAUGAGUAGAAAUCACUCAAAUGGUAUAUUUAGGAUCUGGCACAACAUAAAUACCUCAUAAUGGUAUGUUUGGUUGAAUGAUUCAACUGCAACAUAGACAACAAAAUUAAAUAUGCAUUUGCAUUUUGUAAAAUAAUGUUUUUAAAUUUCAAUAAUGAAAUACAAAUUUGGAUUAAUUUCUCCAAAGUUUACAUGCCUUUGGAUUCCACAAUAAAUUUGGUGAUUGGCUAUACUUCAAGAGUUCAUUUCUAAUGAUAACGGCACACCCAGUGGUGUGUUACAUACCAUACAGUGUAUCCAUUUCAGAGAAGGGGCUCCAUACUAAACCUAAAAGACUAUCUUCUUGACAUUUGAACUGUUAGCCAAUUGUGGCAAUCUCUGAGCUUUGUUUUAUUAUACGAGAGGGCUAUACACUAAAGUGCCACCAGAUUUUAACAUUAUUAGGCCCAAUGUCAAUUGGCUGUUGCUUUAAUUUGAAAUAGGAAUAUGUAAAGGGACUAAGUUAGCAUUUGUAAAAUAUUGUAAUCUCUUACACAGUUUAGCACCAAGGCAGUUAAUAAGCAGCAGAGGACAACGCAAAGAGAUUCUUCACACCCAGUGUAUGGAGCGAAGGUGCAAAGAGAAGGUGUUAUAUCUAACUUUUCCAUUAGUGAAUACAUGCUAAACAGUAAGCUUAGGCUUUGGGCAAAUGUGUAACCUGCUUCAUUUAUUUAAAACAAUUAAAUGAAUAUUUUUUUCAAUUUGUGAAAAACUGAAACGAUAUGUAAGCUGUCACAAAAUGUAAUAGCAGUAGGAAAAACUUUUAGAGUAAGCUGCGAUCAUCUGUUCAAAAGAUUCAGGUGCUUGGAUAUCUUGUCCUUCAUUUGCUUUUUUUUACAUUUCUUUUGUUAAUGAGUAAAUAAAGAUGUAAAUCAAGAUGUCUGUUCUUGCCCUCAGGAGAGUUGAAUGACUACCAUAAUUCUGGACUGCAAAAUUCUAUUCUAUUGUUUAAGGUGAUGGUUUAAAAAUGCAAGUUAAACUAAGUCACAUGGGACUGUAUUUGAAACAGAUCACUAACGUGUUUGUAAAUGUUUAGAUCUGAACACUGAUUGCCAAAUGCUUGCUGACAUGUUAAUUCUGAUAUAAUUAUCAUUGUAGUUAUGUGAAAUGUUAAAUCUGUGCACAACUUGUAAAGCACUUGGUGGAAAGGAAGCCUUAGACAUUCAAAAGAUACUCUCAUUAAUCUCUGUUGCUCGCCACUUCAAACAAUGCAUGGAUAUGAGUAAUUAGAAAAUAAUUUUGCCAUGUUAAUUUAUCUUUUAUUACGAUCAUGCAUUGUAUUCUUUUGGAAAUAAUUAUGCAUAUUUAAUGUAAUGCGUAUGUUCACUUUUAAGGGUUUUUUUAACAGCAGAAAUUAGUUCACAGAGCAAUGACAUUAACACUGAUCAGGGUGUAUCAAAGUAAUGCUACACAAGAAUUAUUGUCAUGCCUGUAAACUGCCAAGGGGCACACAAGUCUUGGGUUGGUGCACAUUGUAUUAGUCGUGUUGGAAUGGAUUGUAAGAUUUCAUAAUAAAGCACCUAUUUGAAGUU